AUUGCGCAGAGACAAGAGCUCCGCUUGGAGUGUCCAAUUGGGAAACCGGUAUCGAUUCGGCUGGAGGAGGGCACAGCGGAGGUGUUUGGCACGGAGCUGGACCGGGGCAGGGCCGUGUCCGUAACUGGCCAAAAAGUAGCGGUGUUCACCUGGGAUGGCGGUCGAGUCUCCGUACAGGGCGAGCCGAGUGUCAUGUACGUGGCCGAUGACACGCCCAUGGCCUCCUACCUCAAUGUGCACCAGACCCUGAACCAGCGGCGCGAGGAGGCGCGGAAAGCCGCCCCGGGGUCCGCCGGGUGCCGGGGCCCCGUUGUGGUCGUGGUGGGCCCCACAGACAGCGGCAAGAGCACCCUAUGUCGGCUGCUCGGGAACUGGGCUGUACGCAGUGGCUGGCAACCCACCUUCGUGGACCUGGACGUUGGCCAGGGCACCAUCACAGUCCCCGGCUGUCUGUCCGCGGUGCCCCUGGAGCACCCGGUGGACAUCGAGGAGGGCUUCAUUGCGGACCUACCGCUGGUGUUCUUCUACGGACACAACUCCCCAGGGGAGAACCCCGCCCUGUUCAAGGCCCUGGCGGACAAGUUGUCUUCGCUGCUGCAGCGGAGAGCUGCGGCUGACCCCCGAGCUGCCGCCUCUGGUAUCAUCAUCAAUACCUUUGGCUGGGUAGACGGGCCGGGUUACGAUCUACAGAAGCACAUCAUACAAACAUUCCAGUGUGACGUGGUGCUGGUAAUGGAGCAAGAUCGUUUGCACGCCACUCUGCAACAAGAUCUCAAGGCCACCUGCCCCCGCACCACCAUCCUAAAGCUAGCCAAGUCUGGCGGUGCAGUGAAACGUGAGGGCGAUGAGCGACGCGGGGCGCGGGAGCAGCGGGUGCGCGAGUACUUCUACGGCACCUCACGUACCCCUUUGCAACCCGCCACACAAACCAUUCGGGCGACCGACCUGGCUGUGUACCGGAUAGGUGCUGGCCCCCGCGCCCCCAACACAGCCCUGCCGCUGGGCGCCGUCUCCCUGGCAGACCCGCUGCGGUUGCAGAACCUGCCUCCCUCGCUCGAGCAGCUGCAAGGCCUGCUGGCCGUGUCACACGCUACCACACCCGAUCAGAUCCUAAAUUCCAACGUGGCCGGUUUCGUGCUGGUAAAGGACGUGGACACGGCGCGGGGCACCGUCACCGUCACGGCGCCCGCCGCCGGUCCUUUGCCUGGGCGGUACUUGAUAUUGGGCAGCCUCCGCUCGUCCAUUGAUUGA